GCGCGCCUAGCACGCAAUGCUAACAGAGGCGCAAGUUGAAGAGUUCCGCCGGAAUGGCGUUCUUGUGGUGCCAAACGUGCUCAGUGAGAACGAGAUCCAAGCAGCACGGAAGGGUUUGCAUGCAGACUUGAAGUUCUAUGGAGUGGACCAUGACAACCUUGCCGACACCGCACACAAUUUGCGAAACCUCUCGAGCACGGGUGGUGCAGGAGGGAUCCUGGAUUUGUUUUACCCGUCAUGGCGCCUUGCUGUCGCCGAGAACGAACGAGUUUUCGACGUCAUAUCGGACCUCUGGGAUGCAACGUACGCAAACGCAACGGACCCUACUGACUUGUUCUACCAUCCGUUCGGUCAGUUUCCAGGGAAACAAGGGUUCAUGUACAUCAAUCGGGUUUGCUACCGAGUUCCUGAUGCGAUCGCGACACUACCACGGGAUGAAGAAGGUGCCUCGAAGAAGAAGAAGAAGGCACUGCAACGGUCGCUGACUCCCCAUAUUGACUGCUGUCCAACCAACCUGUACGAAAGCGGCAAAGCGUUUCCGCGAUGGCGUCCAAUUCAAUGCAUCACUGUCCUCACGCCCAACCUGGACCCAUCGACAGGUGGAUUUGAAGCUGUCGCUGGGUUUCACAAGGAGUUUUCGUCGUAUUUCAGCAAGGCGCCCCCGCUGGUUGAGUCGUCUCGGCCGCCCGUUUGCCUUGGGGAUUUCUCACCUUUGCGCAUGCAAGAAGACAAUGCCGUCAUCGCGCGGUACGAACACGUGCCUGCCGACGCGGGCAGUGUCAUCCUCUUUGACUGGCGCAUCCCCCAUGCCAACAGCUACCGCCAUGUCGGAACCAUUCCACGAGAAGUGGUUUAUACAGGCUUCCUUCCCAAUGUGCCCAUGAAUCAAGCUUACGCUCUUGAGCAACUGCGCCGAUACAAGGCCCGCCUACUUCCUGCUGACCAUUGGCAAAAGGGCACCACAGACAAAGCCGUCGACGAAACAUUUUCUGCGCAUGAGUUUGCCCCGCUCGGUCGAAAGCUCAUGGCAAUUGACCCUUGGCCUAGGGCAUGUAGAGUGAGCGAGAGUGGAUAGUCCUCUUUAAUUGGUUAAAAUUCCGACUUUCUCGUUGUG